GCGGUACGUGUUCGCGUAUCAUAGCAACAAGUUCAAACAAAGUGAAGCGUUAAAGAUGGCGACGCAGAGAGAGAGAGACGCUGCAGAUUAUCUUAAAAAACACAGAAUCAUGGAGCUCAUGGACAACCUAACCAGCAUGCUCUUCUUUCACAGACCUGAGAAUCCCAGAGAGUUUCUCAUUGAGCAGCUGGAACAGCUAAAGAUUUCUGGUCAGAGUGAUGUGAGAGGGCCAAAUCUGUUCAACAACACCGACCUGGACACAGUUUUCGGCAUACUGGACCCCGCUAAUCAAAAGUACAUCACUUUUGCCCAAUACAAGCAUGCUCUUACCACACUGGGAAUUAAAGACAUUAAUGAAUGUCCUAAAGGUGUAAAUGAAGACAGAAUAUCACGACCCAAGGCCUGCAGAGAUGCUCAGCAACAUACUGGGAAAAACAGUGAACUUGAUACAAUGAAAUGCAUUUGUGUGUUAUCAUUGGGACUAGGAUUUUUGUGGAGCUGUGUUUUGUAAAAUGACCAGAUUUUUAAUUAUAAUUGUUAAUAAACUUUCUUCAGGCAGAUUCA